GAUGGCGGACGGUGCUGAUUCGAAUUUCUAGGGCACAGGACGAAUGUGCGCCGAUUUUUCGGCACGUACGUCCAUUUGUGAGUCUUCGUGAAUUUCGGGAAGUCGGCGAAGGGGUGCGAAACACUUUUGUGUUCCCCGGCUCGCGGACAGAAGUAGCAAAACUGUUUAAAAAAAUAGAUUUUGCCGCGCGCGAGUGUGUCGUUCGGAGGUGGCGGGGCCCAUGGUUGUAAAUGGCUGACCGGACUUGGAAAAUGAGAGGCAACUAUCACGCGUGAACAGGACCUGGGAGCUAAGGUACGAAGGCAGAAAUCUCAACAUGUCCAGUUACAGGAAAAUGUCCGAAGCCGAAGAAGGUCCGGCGGCACCAGAUAGUACGACGAAGGAGCAGCGACUCGGGUUUUCGCACGGUGAAGAUGUACUUCUUCAACACAAAGAUGGAAAAUAUUAUAUGGGAACGGUUGUGGAGGUGGACUUGGCGAGGGAAAAAUGUCUUGUCAAGUUUCUGGACAACACAUCGGCCUGGUCGUCGGUUAAAGAGUUAACAAAAUUAGCGAUGCCUGAGGCCGAUGUGAUGUGUGUCCUCUGUAAAAAAUCUCAAUCCAAGACUGACAACGACAUCAUCGUUUGCGACAAAUGUGGUCGUGGUUAUCAUCAACUGUGUCACCAGCCUCACAUAGGAAAAGAGGAAACACUCCCGGAGGUACAGUGGAUGUGCAAGAGAUGCGUAGACAGUCAACCUCGAGUUCGGGAACAUCUCGAGCCUAAGAACUCGAUGGUUAAGGCUAAUAUCAGAAAAGUUUGCAGCGGCAGAGACCAACCACCUCCGCCUCCAGAAGACAUGACGAAGUUGCCCUACGAUCCGGACAUGUUGAGUUGGGACGCGCAUCACAGGGUGAAUGCCGAACAAAUUUAUUGUUAUUGUGGAUUAAAUGGCGAGUGGUACACACAAAUGUUGCAGUGUGCUCGUUGCAAGCAGUGGUUUCAUGAAAAAUGUGUUAGCUGUUUAACGUAUCCUCUUUACAGUGGAGACAGGUUCUACGUAUUUGUUUGUUCAAUGUGCAAUUAUGGCAAAGAAUUUGUGCGUCGGUUAGAAAUAAAAUGGGUAGAUUUGGUGCACCUGAUGUUGUACAAUCUGACAGUUUAUAAUGCAAAAAAGUACUACGAUCUGGACACCGUCAUCGUUCCAUACGCGAACGAAAAUUGGAACACUUUGCAGUUGCCCCCUAGAAUUCGAGACGUUAGUUCACAGGUUCGAAGAGAAUCCAUUCUGGCGAUAUUAACUAAUAAUAGGAAUAGGUUUAAGUGCGGUAGAGAAAUCAAGAAGCGUACUACAAUUUGGGGACUUCGAGUGAGAUUACCACCUCCAUGUCCUGUCGUGCACCUGCCUCCAACCGGAGUCAUUGACGAUUCCGUUUUGCGUCGUUGCUGGGGUGCCAACAAAAGACUGCAAUACCUUCCUCCGACUACUGGACCGGUAUUAACGCCAGAGAGUACAAAGCAACUCAAUGAACUGAAGCAAAGCGCAAAGGAGAACAUAGAAGUUUCUCUGAAUCCAUCUGAUGUUGCGAUGAGGGGUACAAUCUACCAAAACUGUGAGGCAGAGCAAAGUUCUUGUGCAAGUCCGCCUAAUGAAUCCACUGAGGCCCUUCGAGAAAGGUACAGUGGAGGGGGCUUCGUCAAGAAAUCUUUUCCAUUUCCUAAGUUAAGCUUACAGAGAAGAAGACGACUGAUGGCAAUAGGCAGUUCUCGAGAAAGAAUGAUGCGGAAACAUAAAAAGCGGGAAAAGGGAAACACGGAUACCAGUACUAAAUUACUAUGUGUUCGAGAUGCGAGGUAUCGAAAGGCUAGGAAACUACUUAAAAAUGCUAUUGCAAAGAGUAAAUCUCGAUCUAACGAGGAAUCAGAUUUGCCACCGACUCCUCCGACAUCUGUUUCCGGACCUCCAACGCCUCCAGCCACAACUUCCGGAAUGCUCGAGAUCUCGGUACCAGUUUCAGGAGAUUUGUUAACACUGCCACCUUCAACUCCCGCCGACACCAGCGGCGACGAAACGAGCUCACGAGGCACCCUCGACUCCUUCAUUCCUCCUCCCAAAGAUUUCGAGGGAAAAAACAAUCCCUUCCGAAAUCUGAGUGAACUCCUCGGCACGCCCUGCACCAUCAACCAAAAUUCCAGCACUCCUCUCCCAUUUAAUCAGCCACCCAUCACCUUACCUCUCCCCUUAACCCCCGUUAUAUCACAACCACCACUCGUGAGACCAGCGAAACGCCAACUAUCCGAAAAAGACAUCAUCAUCGACAGAAAUGGACAAGUGAAACGCAGAAGACAACACCGACGUGGUCGUCCACCCCAACAGUUUCAGCAAACCGCGAGUAAAACAGCCGCGAUAAUUCCAGCUCGAAAUAGCGACGUUAAGAAUGAGUUUGUCAGGAACCUGAGAAGCUCCUUCAAUGGUUCCUCGAGUAGUCAAAUUGGAAAUUGCGUUGACUAUGCUUUAAAUGGAAGGAGACUGAGGCAAAGACAGAGCAACGAGAAAGUUCCUCCUCCAGAAACUCAGCUGCAGAAGAAGGGUAGCAUUGCUUCCUUGCCAAAGUGUUCUCCAGUGAAGCAGAACGCUCCCGACAUAUCGAUCGAUGAUCUCAAAUCGUCGGUGAAUAUUUAUUUUGGAGCUGCGAACAGAAUAGCCUCCGGGGAAAAAUUCUUCAUCAAAGCGAAACGAAUAGGGCCCAACGGCCAGACGCAGUAUCUAAUCGAGUGGGAAGGUCCCAAUACUUAACGGUAAAGUUAAUCUUCUAAGUUUAUAAAAAAAGAAAGCAUCAAAAGCAGGAGCUUUUCUUCAUUCGGCAUCGAACCAGCCGAUCGACUGACCCUCCUCUUUACAAAAUAGUUGAUUGUGCGGAUCAAACGAUUUCACAUGCACUCAACCGGUAAAACUUUUUUGCGAGAAACUUUAUUUUUUUCUAUUAGAUUUUUGUUUUUUGAGCUUUUAUUAUUAACUGAAGAAUUUGUUUGUUUGAGAAUGUAUUCAACUUUUCUUUAGUGACUAGUGUAAUUUCGUUGCUGGCCGACGGAUUUCGAUCUUGAAUUUUGUUUCACUUUAUCGAUUACCGUACUUAAGAUUCUAAAUCAUGGAUUUAUUAAUCGGUUACGUGUUGAAUUUGAAUUCAAGGAGCGCCGUCCACGUUUAUAUUUCGAGUCCAGUAUUAACUAAUGUCGUUCGAAAGAGAAGAACAACGAAUUGUACAAUCGAAGAUUUAUUCCUACAGAAACAAUCACGUGUGAAAGUUGUUGUCAGAAGUUGUCAGUAAAUGUUCAAUUUGGAAGUGUACCCCUGAAAGUACCUCAAAAAGUACGGAUAAAUUUUUAUCAAAAUUGCGCGUCUCGUUCCCAAAGCCGUGAAUCAGAUUUACUGGAAAAUAAAAUAAUGAAUUGAUAAAGGAUUCCUUUCGAUUGAUCUAAUUGACUAACAGAUUGUAGAGGCUAGUAUUAAUGAAAUCAUAGAUGAGAAAAGAUUAUUUUUCAAUACGAUCUUAGAGUUAAUCCUCGGCUUCAGAAUUUUCAUCUUCUCAAGUUAAUAUUAAUCUGGAAAGUUGAAAGGGUGAAUAUUUUUCUGUGUGGAAACACCCAUUUUGACGCGGAAUUACAUUUUUAUAUUGUGUGAAUGGCGGAAAUCAAACUAUCAGGUUUUGAAGUAGCCUCAAGGGUUCGAAUAGUUACAAAAAUGGUAGUAACUAAUUUUUUAACGUGUUUUGUCGAUUAUUCAAUCUUGCAGAACAAAGGGUGCUCGAAUUUAGUUUAGAAAUGCAGUCCUAUGAAAAAGGGGGCUUUCACACAGAAAAGUAUUUCCUUGCAUCUAAAUGAUUCCUUAUUUUAAUUUUAGUUUUUAAAAUGUUGAAAUACAAAGUGAUAUAAAAUUAAGUGUAGAAUUCUAAACUGCAAUUGAUUUAUUUCUAAAGUUAAAAAAAUGGAAGAACUUGAAAUAUAAGAUACAGUUCAAUUUUUACUAGCAGCUAAAUUUGGGCUAAAUUGUUAAGAAAGCAAGUUGAAAAUUAACAAAAUGGCGACUGUUUGUCUGAAAAUAUGUAUGAGAUAUCGAAGAAGUUCAAAAUGGAAAAUAUUUUUGGAAUCACCCCAAAAAAAAUGGUACAAAAUAUCGAAAAAUGGAAGAAAAAAAACCUGUUUGUAGAAUUUUUCGAAGUGAACAAUUUAUUUUUAAUUAGGAUUAUUUUUAAAUUUUGCUUUUGCAAAUUUAUAGAAAGCGUUCCGCAUUAUGUUAAUUUUCAACUUUUAAAUAUAUUUUUUCGCGGAUUUUGAGAAACCUUCCCAUCGGAAUAAAAAAAAAUUGAUUUUCUUUCUUCUACCGCUGCUACUUAACUAUUUUGUUACUUUAAAUACUCAAGAAUUCAAAGCGGUUAAAUAUCAAAACUUUAAGGUUUGGAACCGCUUAAAUUUUAUAUCCUAGCUAAGAUAAUCGAAUGAAAAAAUUUAAACUUAUACAUGUUUUAUAUGAUAAAACUUUGUAAAACCUCAUACGUAAGAAAUGAAUGAAUUAAAAUAACUUUGAGAAGAUGAAACUGGCAGCAUCAUCGCUCACUACAAUACAAGACUAAACCUAAGUACUACUUACAAACCUACUUGAUUCGUUUGAAAUCAAAACCGCAGUGGGAAUGACAAACUUUCAUAGAAUUAAAUGCAACUAGAAAGAUAACAUUUUUCCCCCUAGAUUUGUGUGAUAAUGCUCAUUUAGUUUUCGAUUAUGAUCACCCUAUACUAAAAGUGUAGCAAAAUCCAUAAAUAAAUCGACUAUAACGACAUUUAACGUACAAAGUAAUGCGAUAAAAAAGAAAUCUUUGAAUUCUCCGUCUAAGAAUCAAUAAUCGCCAGCGUGACGAAUUUGCUCUUCUGAAAGAAAGGGAAACUUCUCGAAUCUUUUAUUCGACUUUGUUCUUUGAAGUGCAUUUUUAAAUGUAAUUGAGGAGAGUAAAAUACUGAAGAAUAAGGUCUGCAUUGUACAAUAUUAAAUAAUACGAAGGGUUUUACAAGAGGGAUGAAGGUAAAGGAGCUUAGUAGAUGAAUUUGAAUAGAUCUCUCGUCUAUCCUUUGAUACGUGUAUUUUUACUAUUACUCUAAAUUGAAUCGGUGAAUUUUUAAUUGGAUGGGGAAAAUUAGUUGGAAUGCAUGGACGAAAUGUACCUACGAAGUGGUACCCCUAAGAAUAUUUAAUUAGUUUAAUAAAAAGCUAAUUGUGUUCGCAUUCUAUUAAUGUGGUACGGGGAGUUCAGCAUCGUUAGAAAAAUCAAUUUUGUAGUUCUUUAAACAAGGCAAUUAUUGUGAUACGGCGCGUCCAGUUGUAUAAGUUCUUUCUUUGAUUUUGUAAACAGAGUUCCAGAAAUUAAAGUUCCAAAAACCAUUUAAAUUACUUUCCAAUUUUCGAACUCUGUUUUCAAAAACCCAAUUUUUUCGAAAAAUGUAAUUACUUCGGUGAACUAAUUAUUAGUGCGUAGUGAUAUCACAUUUAAAGAUAUUAUAAUUACGCGAUCUAACAACACAAAAAUAGGCAGAAAACCCGAAAUUAUAGACUCUUAUUUCAGAUCGUUUUUGAUUUGAUGAGGCCUAUUUUUAUCGCGUAGUGAUAAAAAUGUUGUAAUUUUGCACCACCCGUAUCACACUUUAGGUAGUAUAGAUUGUUUUUCCUUUGAAGGAACUUUAGAUAAACUUUUGGUGAAACCAUGGAGUGGACACUGCCAAUUUAACAAAUCACGCGUUCGAAAGAUGAUAGCAAACGGUUCGCUAUUUUAAUUUCACUUGUCCAAAUUAUUUUUUUAGUAUUUUUUGUUGCAGUGAGGAUUUCUCUGCUUGAGGAAUCAUUCUAUGAGUCGAUUUCUUUUUAGAAAUUUAAGUUUUAAAUAUUAAUUUAUGAACUUUUGAAAAUUGAACUAAAAUACUCCGGCUGUGGCCUUUUUGUUUUUACAAAUUGUAAAAAUGAAUCUUCAAGAAAACAUUUUUUUUUUAGUGACAAUUACUUUAAAAAUUCACAUUUUAAAAUUCUGUUUUUUACAAGAAUGGAAAAUGGAAAAUCAUCGUAUGAAUGUAAGGGACUGAAGAUGCGUUUGUUUUUUGCUAAGCAUGCCUUCUGUUCUAAUAAAUAAGCAGAUGUAAGCGAAAUCAGGAGGAAAAGAACUACUGCCAGUAUCGUAUGUAAAUAUUCCUUUUUUUUAAGCUAUAAAUACGUUAUAUAUACAUAGUUAUGUACUUUAUGAGUGCAUUGGGAUCAUGUAAUUUGUGAUUGUACGUUCGUGAGUGCGAGAGAAAUGGAAAGUUUGAUGGCGCUUUAAUCAAACCUUGAAACGAAAAGACUUGUAAUCAAUCGUGUCCCGUACAUUUCCGUUUCCUCGCUAUUAAUUUAUCGACAUAUUAGACGUCAGUUAUUGUUAUCAAUCGAUUAGCAGUUCAUUUUCAAGUAAAUAAAAGCAGUUUAUUGAUAUUUAUUUUCCUAAGUUUUAUUCAACUCGGCUCAUCCAAUUAUCCGAAAUUCAAUUUUAACUAAGAAUUUUCGGUCAAAUAUUUCAACAUUCCAGAAUAAGUCCUAGAAAAUUCAAACUGUCAGUUGAAUUGAAAGAUUCAAAUUGCAAAUGAAAUUGAUUGUUGUCCAAAAAAUGUGAGAGCAAAUGUUUAAGCUAAGCUUUCGAGAAUUCUUGUAGUUCUUAUAAUGAAAAAAAGGCGAAGCAUUGUGAAUGUUGAUCACGCAAAUAGACAAAAUCGUGUAUAUAAAUUUAAUAGAAUUUUAUGAAAAGAGGCACCUUUGAAAUCUCGCAGUUUCAAAAAUUCUUCGACUAAUGUUUGAUUCACUACACCUAGAUGGAUUUAUGUGCGUGAAUAUCUUUGCCAAACUAUCUGUGUGAUAACUAGAAGCGGCUUCACGAAAUUUUUAGCUGUUUUCUUAAUUUCUUUUUUUUUUCGUUUGGCAGUAUAUUUGUAACUCAUUGCGAUCUCGGUAAAAAUUGGAAAACUUCUUGGAAUCUCUAAAAGAAGUGCGAAUGGGACAGUUCUUAUUUGAUGAUUUUUAUUUUACUUUUUUCUCAAUAUUUCAUGUUCCCUUGAUCGUGUCUUUCUUCGAAUUGUACUGACAAUGUAUGUGCAAGAAUAUUAUCAAGCACUUUUAGAAAUAAGAAUUUUUUUGCUGCCUGUAUCAAAUAAACUGGGAGUCAAAAGCUUCGUUUAUUGAAGGAAUUCUAACUGCAGUCAAUAUUCUUCGUAUCUUCAUAAUUGAGGCGUAAAAAGACAUCCAGUCAACUUUUCAUAUUUUUCUAUUUUUAAACAAUAGUCUACGAUCUGGGAAAUCUAAUCAUGUUGGAAUUCGAGAUAAUUUUUUAAUCGGCUCUUCUCAAAUGCUUCACGAAAACUGAUUAGAAAAUGUAUUAAAGUAUCGAACAGAUUGUUUUGCAUAAGAUUGAAGGAAUAAAAUUUAGAAAA